AUGCGCAUUUUCAUGCAACCGCCAUUCGCCUCGGAAGAACCCCGUGCUACAUACGCUUUAUCCCUCCUUGACACCACAGCCGUCUAUCAUAGCUCUUCUAGCUAUCCUACUUUCCCAUUCUUGACCCGUGAUGAGCCGCGAAAGACCCCUCAGAGGCGGCUGUUCUUGCGGCCGCAAUCAAUACUCGAUCGUCGCCCCUGCAGAUUCCACAGAGCAAGCGGAAGUAUAUUUCGACACGAGCAGCCAACAGAGUAUGCCUUUGAACUUCUCCACGACGCAUUCUCCUUGCUAAUGUUAUGCUAUUCGGUAUGCGCAGGGAGAAACCAAGGAACUCCCCUCACCGCUUGGCUGCGCGUUCCCUUACCUUGGUACCAAUCCUUCACGAGGUCCUUUUUCCCUGAUGAAACACAUGCCUCGAUCAAGCGAAUUUUUACCCCUGAAACCUCCCCGCAAAGCAAACACGCUUUCUGCGGUUUUUGCGGCACCCCACUGACGUUCUGGACCGAGAACCCCCCUGAGGAAGCCGAGUAUAUGUCCGUAGCAGUUGGGAGUCUUUCAAGUGACGAUCAAAACACACUUGAGGAUUUAGAUCUUAUCCCCAGGGAUGCUGAUUUGGGAGCUAUUGUCCCUUCAAACCUCACCCCUCGUCCUCCUGCUUCACCACCGCGCAAUCUCGAGGAAACUCAGGUAUCUGUCAGUCAUCACACUGGAACCGUCUAUGGUAUCCCAUGGUUCGAGGAAAUGAUCCAGGGAAGCCGGCUAGGCCGAGUUGGAAAACAUCGCCGAGGCUUUGGGUCGUCUGCAGAUAGAUCUGUCCAAGUAGAGUGGGAGGUCACUGAAUGGCAUGAGGCAUCUGGAGAUUUGGUUGCCGAAAGGCCUGGCCAUGGUUCAGAAGUUGUAAGAACCUCUUCCAAAAGAAAAAAUCCCGAGGUCGGUUAG